GGUCAAAGUCAACGUUUGGUUGGGCGCGGAGUGAGAUUCUUGGCGCUUUAAUCAAUUCUCUUCUUUUGUUUAUUUUAACCGGUGAAAUCAUCGUACAUGCCAUCAAAUCUACCAUUGCACCUGUUAAGAUAGAAGAACCCAAAGUGGUUUUAGGUGUUGGUCUUGGUGGGUUACUCUUCAAUCUUAUUGGUUUCUGUGUUUUAAAUGAUAUCAACCCGGUUAAUAUUGUUAAGAGAUGUUUUUUUAACUUGAAAGAUGUUGAGCAGCAACCUAAGCUGUCCAAAUCAACGGAAAUGAAUCUCAGAGGAGCUGCUUUACAUCUUCUUGGUGAUUUGUCAGUGUCUAUUUUGGUGGUUAUAUCGACAACAGCAAAUUUACUCUUGGACUAUAGAUGGACUAUUUACAUUGACCCAGUGAUGGCUUUUAUUCCCGCUUUCUUUCUAAGCAUUUCAGCAUGGAAAUUACUUCGAGAGUCGGCCAUGAUUUUAUUGGAAGCAGUUCCUUCCCACAUCCAAAUUGAGUCAAUCACAAAGUGCAUCACCAGCAUGUCUAAAGUCCGUUCGGUUCAUGAAUUUCAUCUCUGGAGAUUGUCUGGUGAUGUAACUAUUGCUAGUUUACAUUGCGUGUUUGCCACGCCUGAUGAUUACAUCGGUUCAAUCAGAGACAUUAAACAUAUUCUAUGUCAAAAAGGAGUUCAUUCAGCAACAAUUCAACCUGAAUUUUCAUCAACUCCAUUUAACGUUAAUUACGACAGACCUUCUAAAUUGGAUCUAUACGUGAAAUAUUGUCAAGCAGUUUCUGAAAGCUGUGAUGGUCAAACUUGCUGUCCUGGCUUUGAUAGUCAAAAAUGACUCAAAUCUCGUGCUUAUUGCUAAUUAUCACUUUUCCCAUGAUUGGUCACCAAAAUCAUACAAUCGUAACUCUUGGUAAUCUCAUUUCGUGUUGAUCGCAAUAGAAGAGCUUCUGAUUUUGACUUGUUUUGUGCAAGAGGUUAAUCAAGCAUUAAUGUUACAUCUGAUGAAAAAGUGACCAAUCCACCAAAAAGUAGUUCCGAGUUGAUUACAAAACGCGUCAUGAAGAAUAUCAUUAACAAGAGUUUGCAGGUAAAGUUUACAUUAUCGAUUAUCAUUUUGGUUAUUUUGAACACUUGAGGUGGCAGCACCAUUAUUCGAAUGUCAUGCUCACAGAAUUGAUUGGAAUGAGUCUAUUGAAUGAAAUGCAUUGAAGUGGAAAGAAAGAGAAGACAAAACACAGAGGAAGAUAAAGAGAGGUAAAAGCGAAGGGAGAAAAUGAGAGAGAUUUUGCUCAUGACUUUACACCAAAGAUUCCAUUAGUUUGUAAGCUGAAAAGGUUUCCAAUUUACUUGAGCUUAAAUCAAAUUGUAGCAAGUUCUCAAUCAACCUCAACGUGGUUCAAUAUACAAAAUGUGAAUACGACUAUUCCAAUGUGUUCAAUUUAAUUCUUUCAAUUUUUUCCAGUAAUUUCACUCAAUAGCUAAUGCUAAUCCAUUGAAGUCAUCAUUCCAUGAAAAUUGUUCAUCUAGUAAAACCAGGAAACUGAAAUUUGAAUGUUUCUGUUCACAUUUUACUCCCAGAGUAAACAUUACAAACCAAGAUCAUAAGCCAAGUCUUUAGCCUGGUGUCAGCUGAGUUGGAUUGUGUUAUCAUUUAUUUAAAUUGGCCACUUCACUCGGAAUCACUUUUAAUCGAGCAGAAACACAGUUAAUUUCAUGAUUAAUUGUAUAUAUUAUGAAUUGAAAUGGCCCUUUUUAUGGAAAGGAAAUCAAGACUGUUUAACCAUCGAAGUUACAAUUACAAAUUCAACUGGACAAUCAUCAAUGAUCAAAAUAACCUGAUAAGGAAAAGAUGAACUAUCCAGCCAUAAUUUACCCAAUUUUCCAGCAAUUUAUUGAUUUAAUCUGCUAAUGUUUACAAAUCAACCAUCUGAUUAGCAUUUAAUUUUACACUUUUUACAAGUGUUGCAGUUGUAGCUACAGUUAUAAAUGUGAUUUCAUUUUCCGCUGUUACUUUGACUAAACCAUCCAAUGAAUCGACCAUUUGUCAAGUUAUCAUCCAAGCUCCAGUCCAUAACUAACAUUAAAUACCAAAGACACCAUCAUGUUACCAUCGAUGGAAUCUCCGCAAGUCAUUACCAUAGCUCUAGUGAUACCUUUCGGUUGGGUAAAAUCAUCUUACCUUUGCUCAUGUUUUCAGUUUUACUCUACCUAAUACCCUACAUAAGAAUUGAUAAAAGUUCUUAUGAUCCAAAUGGUAUCAAUAAUGAUCAACUAAUAAACAUUAAGCGACCCAAUCUAUCCAAUGGACAACAACAACCCUGUGACAAACCAGUUAGCAAUAUAUUUUUCCUGAAAACGCAUAAAUGCGCAUCAUCAGCAAUUCAACGGAUCUUUCUUAAAUAUGGUUAUCUUAAUCAAAAAUUAUUUGCUCUUCCAGCGUCAGGCAAUUAUCUUGGACAUCCUGAACCUUUUGAUCGUUCUUUCCUGUCUGAACCUUUCUAUGGAAAGUACAACAUUUUCGCAGUACACACUCGCUUCAAUUUAGGCCAAGUGGCGGCAGUUAUGCCACCCUCUACUCUUUACAUAACCAUUUUACGGAAUCCUUUAUUCCUGUAUGAAUCCAUGUUUGGUUAUUGGAAUUUAACCAAAUUUUACCAUUUACCACGCAAUUUUCUGGACUUACCGGCAAUACCAAUUGAACAGCUACAAAGAGUUCGCUGGAUUCAAAAGAUUGGCGCAAAUCAAAUGUUUUUUGACCUCGGCUAUGAACCAACCCAGUUAACCAGUGAUCAAAUUGACACCAUUUUACCCAAAUUGGAUCAAAUCUUUGAUCUAGUCAUGAUUGCGGAAAGAUUUGAUGAAUCCCUGAUUCUUCUCAAAGACAAACUUUGCUGGUCUUUUGAUGAUAUAAUUACCUUUAAGAUCAAUGCUCGACCUCAACGGAAAAGUCUAUCUCCAUUGGCUGAAGAACGGAUAAAAAUGAUUAACUGGGCUGAUCUGAAAUUGUAUUCAUAUUUUUUAACCAUUUUUGAUCGUAAAGUUAAAGCCUAUGGAAUCAACCGAAUGAAGUCUGAUUUGGCUCAAUUGCGUUCACGGGAAGCAUUAUGGUACUCUGAAUGUGUAUACAAUGAGACCAUUUCUUGGGGAAAAUCAACAUCCUCCGUUGUAAAAUUCAUCAAUCGUAAACCAAGCAAUUUAACCUGUGUUCUGUUGACUGCCACUGAACUGGAAGUGAUCAACUUUAUCCGUAGGAAGCAACGAAAAUUUCAUCCAGGAUCAGUUAGGCGUUGGUAAAGCAAAGGACGCCAAUCUUGGUCGAAAAUAAAACUCAAAAGACAAUAAAAAGCAUGGAUAACCUAAAGUGAUUCAUUAUCGCAAUUUAUUGGUUUUCCAUUGGAACUGGAUUUUCAUGAUCUGUUUUGCUGACAGAAUAACCAUUUGGUCAAAAUUUAUCUCAUAUUCUGAUCAUUUGUUGGCCGAUUUCUAUGGAAUCAACAAAACAGUUGAAUUUUUGCCUGAACAGCAUUCUGAAUUGCUAAGGCUGCCAAGCUAGUCGUUCAAAAUUAUCUGUGAUUUUCCCUGAAAUACAUCAGCAAUUUACUCACAGAUAUCAACUUAUUGUAAAAAUUUAAUUAUAAUAUUGUUACGAUUAAUUUUGAUAGUUGGUUCAUCGUGCAUAACCAUGAUUAGGAUUUCUGAUCGAUUGUGGUUCUCGAUUCAACCAAGCAACAGCUUAUUAUUUUUUGUUUAUUUAUCUUUGUAUAAUAAUGCCUUAGAGCUAACCAUUUAAUCAAGUGAGAAACUGAAUUAACUCCAAUCAACUCAAUUGAAGUUUAAUUGCAAUUAUGAUCUCAUAUUCAUGGCUAAAUUGAAGCACCUUUUUCAUCUGCUAGUCAUUUUUGUUUCAUCAAAUGUUACUUUCCCACCACACUUUAUCCCAACCAUUUUGAAUGCAAACAAAUUUUGUAAAUCUCAAUCGAGAAGAUAUUUUAAUGGAAACAAAACAAACCACGAUUUGGACUUCAAACAAAAUACUGAUAAUCUUGA